UUUGUUAAACUUUGGUUAGUUCACGAUGAAGUCUCACAAGGCUUUGGUCGUAGUUAUUCUAUUUGUAGCAAUAUUUAGUGGUUCUCAUGCUGAGGUUAACUAUCGACUUUCUAAAGAUGUAGUUCCUUUAACUUACAAUAUUACAAUUAGACCAUAUUUUCUACCCGAAGAUGGAGAGAAAAUAUUCACAUUUAAUGCGGAAACGACCAUUGUGAUUACUACGAAAAAUUUAAACAUUUGUUCCUUUAGUCUUCACGUUCAUUCUUUAAAUUUUAUCACGAUUGAUUUACAUUCAGUUUCCGGAAAUAAAGUGAAAUUCUCAAAUGAAUAUGAUGAGUUAACUAAUAAGUUAACUUUUAAUCUUAACAAGAACCUAGUGCCAUUUGUGGAUUAUUUUAUACAUUUUAAUUACACAGGUCUAAUUUUUGAGGAUUAUGAAGGACUUUUUCGAAGUAGUUACACUGACGCUAAAUCAAUUGAAAGAUCGAUGUUAGUAACACAACUGCAGCGAACCACUGCUAGAAAACUGUUUCCAUGCUUUGAUGAACCAGGUUUCAAAGCGAAUUUCACCCUUCACAUAAGUCGCCCAAGGAACUAUAGAUCUUUUACUAAUACAGUUUUGCUUUCUACCACAAUUGACAAAAAUGAAGAAAACCGUUACAUUGAUCAUUUUGAAACAACACCCUACAUGUCAACUUACCUUGUAGCAAUGAUGAUUUCAGAAUAUGUUCCACGAAUAGAGGACAAUAUUUCAAUUAUUUCAAGGCCGGAAUUUUAUAAUAAAACAAUAUUUAGCCUUAAUAUUGCUAAAAAGGUGUUAAAUGGAUACAACGAGCUUUUCGGAGUUCCCUAUACUACCUUGGGUAAUUCUAUCUUACAAAAAGUUUCCUUGCCUAAAUUUGUUCAUAAUGGAAUGGAAAAUUGGGGCCUUAUAAUUUACAAAGAUGAAGUAUUAAUAUAUGAAGAUAACAAUACUGAUCUUUAUGGAACGCAAUACAGCACCUCUAUAAUAUCCCAUGAAACAUCUCAUAGUUGGUUUGGAAAUUCUAUAACUUUUGAAUGGUGGGGUUAUUUUUGGCUAAAUGAAGCAUUUGCAAGAUACUAUCAAUAUUACCUGACUCAUGAGCUCUUUCCACAAUAUGAACUUGAUAAACAAUUUACAAUUGAUCAGAUGCAUUCAAUAUUUGAUAUUGAUGCUAGCAAUGCCACGCAACCUUUGAGCGAACCAAAUGUAUCUUCGCCUGAUGAAGUAGCAAAGAAGUUCAGCAGUAUAACGUAUGUAAAAGGAGCUUCUAUUGUGCGAAUGAUUAAGCAUGCAAUGUCAGAGUCAAAAUUUGUGAUGGCAAUAAGGGAUUACAUUAAAUCAAACCUCAGCAGUUCGGUUAAUCCAUCACAUUUUUUGAAAUACUUACAAAAAUACUGGCCAUCAUUACCAAAUGUUGAUGUUGAAUCCUUUUUCAACGACUGGACAGAAAUAGUUGGUUUCCCCCUACUUAAUGUCUCGCUCUCUGAAAAUAAUUUAAGAGCUACAAUCCAACAAACAAGAUAUCUUUACAAUGUGAACGAUGGAAGUGACCCACAUCUUCGAUAUACAAUUCCAUUAACUUACACUACAAACAUUGAAAAUAAUUUCAACAAUACCUUCCCUCAGUUGUAUUUUAAAAAAGAUCAACAACAAAUUGUAUUGAAUUUUGAAAAACCAAUUCAAUGGAUUAUGUUUAACAUACAACAAACUGGAUAUUAUAGAGUUAUGUAUGAUAUCAAUCUCUACAACAAGUUGUACAAUUCUCUUCUUGAAAACAACUGGUCCAAUAUUCAUGUAUUAAAUCGUGCACAGUUUGUAGACGAUUUAUUUGCCCUUGGUAAAGUUGGGCUUUAUAAAUAUGAUUCAAUAUUCAAGUGGCUUGAAUAUUUAGAAACUGAAACCCACUACACACCUUGGAAAGCUACUAUCAAAGGUUUAACCUUUAUUGGACAGUUUUUGACGACACCUCAAGAACGAAGUUACUUUGGAAAAUAUAUUUUGCUUAUGACAGAAAAAGUUUUGAAGAAACUUGGCACAACUGCUUUAAAAGAAGAUUCCAUUCUCGAUGUUUAUAAUCGAAAUCAAAUUCUCAAUUUGAAUUGCAAAUAUGGUAGACAAGAAUCUAUCCGAGCGAUGGAGAAUAUGCUGAGUGGAUAUUUGAAUAAUGGAACAAUGAUACCCGUUGAUAUAAGAUCAAUUGUUUAUUGCAAUGGAAUGAGAAAUGCUUCCGAAAAUAAUUUUGAAAAAUUGGUUGAAAGAUUUAAGUUGGAAAAAAUACCAAGAGAGAAGCUAAGGAUUCGUAAUGGCCUAGGAUGUGUUCGAAAUACGAAAAAUAUCGAAAACUAUUUUGAAUUAAUUCUCAGUGGGGAGAUAUCAGUUGAUGAAAAGAUGGAUGCUAUUACUCUUUUAAGCAAAGAAAAUCCGGAGAACGUGUGGGUUGUUUAUGAAAUGAUGACGGGAAGGCUGAAUGAUUUAACUAAAGUACUUGGUAGCUGGAAAAGUACGGCAGAACUUGUGAGCAAAACCGCCACUCUACUUACAAGGCAGGAUCAGAGAAACAAGUUUGAAGAAUUCAUUACAAUAAACAACGAAGUUUUUGGUACAUCCAAAUCGAUCCUGUAUGAUGCCUUGAAACAACUUGAUUUUAAUCUGAAUUGGUCAAAAAAAUAUUUAGAUCCGUUGCACCAGUACUUAGAAAGUAAAUUCAAUAUUUAAGAUGGAAAUUUGAAUUAAAAAAUUUAAAAUUUUGUUUAUUGAAACCAUACAUUUGAAAUAAAAU